AGCAUUGAUUGCAGCGGGCGGCUCAUAAGCACUAUACGGAUGAUAGGUGAGAAAUGUUGGUAGCUGGCACAACGCAGAUGGGCAACGCCUCUGUUGUGAUGGCUGAAAGGGAUGGGUGUUGGGGGCUUGGAGAUGGCCAUCUCCCAUCAAAAACCAUAAUUCAAAAACACUGUUCAUGUUUUAAAGAAACCAGUUUAGUGCUUUUCGCACAAUAAGCAUUUUUCUUUUUCUAAAUUGAUCAAUGUUACCAUCUUGCCCUCGUCAACUGGUUUUUCCUACAUUAAUAAGCAUGACACCUGUGCAGCUUUCAUGCCAACGUAGAAGUUAUAGAUGUGAGUUGUUUUUUAUUUUUAAAAAUAGCAUAUAUAUAAUGUUAUUUUAAAUAUUUUUUUAAAAAAGAAUUUAAAAAUUUUAACUUCAUUUUUUUUAAUUAUUUUUUGAAAAUCAUUAUGGGUUUUAAGACUUGUUGUAUUUCAUAUAAAAAUUAUUAUUAUUUUUGUCUUUAAAGAAAAGAAACCAUUUCACGAUGUUUUUAAAAAAUAUUUUUAUUUUUAAAAAAUUGGAUAUUUAAUAAAAUUUAGAAAAAAUUGUUAAAAAUUAAAAAAUCAUUUAUAGUAAAUAUUGGAUAAGUGAUUCUUUGAAAAGCGCUUUUAGAAUAAAUGCUUACUAUAAAAAUACUUGGAAGAGAAAUAUUAUGAAACGUACUCUUAGACCGACGAUCUUGAUGUAAUUUUCUAACAAAUCCGAGUCUUAAUAGAAAACCUUGUAAAGUUCACUAUCGAAUGGUGCCCCUGCCCUUUCUGUUCAGAAAUAAUAACAUUGAGGCCCUCAGUUUUCCAGUCAAGCGGGCCAAGCCCAAUUUGAACACUUGAUUACUUCUAGUAAGCCCACGCGAACCCAAUCCAAUUGGGGGAAAGCCUAAGCCCUUUCUGUUCACCUUGACCAAGCCCAAAUCAAUUAAGGUCCAAUUAGUUAGCCCAGAACCAUGGUCCGCAGUUGCAGGCUUGGAGCCGAUCUUUUCCUACCAUUUUGAUCAUUUGAUUUUCGACACUGUGAACUCCACAGCAACAGCUCCGAAACAGAAACCCUAAACCUAGCGGCUCAAAAUGGCGAUGCCACAGUUGAGUCGUACCAAGAACAUUGCGAAGCGCUCGAAGAAGUACUUGGAAGAAGCCCUUUACGAUAGACUGUUUAAAGAUGGUAGCUCUGAAGUGAGCGUACGACAACAGUUGAAUCAUUUCCUCAAGAGCUCCAAGCGAGUCUUCAAAUGGGAGGUCGGUGACACUGUCAAGAAGCUUCGCGACCGCAAGCGCUUCUAUCCUGCACUUAAGCUCUCAGAAACGAUGGCUAAAAGGGGCAUGAACAUGACAAUCAGUGAUCAAGCUAUAUAUCUUGAUUUGAUUACCAAAACUCGAGGAGUUGCUGCCGCAGAAAAUUACUUCAUUGAUCUUCCUGAAACAUCAAAGAACCAUCUUACUUAUGGUGCUCUUCUCAAUUGUUACUGCAAAGAAUUAUUGACUGAAAAAGCAGAAGCUCUCAUGGAAAGGAUGAAGGAGCUGAAGUUGGGCCUAAGCUCUAUGCCUUAUAAUAGCCUGAUGACCCUCUACACAAAAAUUGGCCAGCCUGAAAAGAUUCCAACUAUCAUUCAAGAAUUGAAGAGUUUGGAUAUCAUGCCAGAUUCUUACACAUACAAUAUUUGGAUGAGGGCCCUUGCUGCUGUUAAUGAUAUUUCUGGUGUUGAGAGGGUAAUUGAGGAGAUGAAGAGGGAUGGUCGAGUGGCCAGUGAUUGGACAACUUAUAGCAACUUAGCUUCAAUUUAUGUUGAUGCUGGUGUAUUUGAAAAAGCGGAAAAGGCUCUUAAGGAGUUGGAGAAGAGAAAUGCAUGCCGAGACCUUACUGCUUUCCAAUUUCUAAUCACAUUGUAUGGCAGAAUUGGGAAUCUGCUUGAAGUUUAUCGGGUAUGGCGUUCUUUAAGGCUGGCUUUUCCUAAAACGGCAAAUGUGAGCUAUCUUAAUAUGAUUCAGGUCUUGGUUAAUUUGAAAGAUUUACCAGGUGCUGAGAAAUGUUUCCGGGAAUGGGAAUCUGGGUGUUCGAUUUAUGAUAUCAGGGUGGCAAAUGCCCUAAUAGGAGCUUAUGCUAAAGAUGGUUUGCUAGAAAAAGCUGAAGAGCUCAAAGAGCAUGCCCGCAGGAGAGGGGCCAAGCCUAAUGCUAAGACCUGGGAGAUAUUCCUUGCUUAUCAUUUGAAGAACAGGGAAAUGAAACAGGCUGUUGAUUGUGUUGCUAAUGCGAUUUCAACUGGUAGAGGAGAUGGCCAAAAGUGGGUCCCAUCACCUGAGAUUAUUGGAGUUUUUAUGCAGCAUUUUGAGCAAGAAAAGGAUGUUGAUGGUGCAGAAGGUUUUCUUGAGAUUCUGAAGAGCACUGUGGAGGAUCUAGGGGUUGAGGUGUUUGAAUCAUUGAUCAGAAUUUAUGCUGCUGCUGGAAGGACAAGUCCUGUGAUGCGCCGGCGACUGAAGAUGGAGAAUGUGGAGGUUAGUGAUUCCUGUAAGAAGUUGCUUGAAGAGGUGUCUGUGGAGUAAGUUCUGUUUAUCUGUUAUUUUAUUCUCAGAAUUUUGAUCCUGCUGAGAUAAUUUUGAAUGUUAUUUUCUUGAUAUUCUAUUUUGGUAAUAAAAUUGCCCCUUCUUUCUA